AAGCUGGAUGCCAGCCGUUAGUAAAUCUCCAAGAAGAAGAAGCAGUGAAGGAUUGUGGGUAGCUGCCGGCUGUGCUGUUGCACGUUGACAUUGAGGACUGUGUGUGCCGGUUAACCGAGAUCAGACCUCAGGAUGGGAGGCUCAGCAUCAAAUCCUGCUGCCACAGUCAAAGCAGACGGUCACCACGGCACCGGCACGCCACCACCAGGCUGCCCCAUGCACCAGGCGCGCCAGGAAAGUUCUCCUCCAUCCGAGUGCCCCAUGCAUCAGGCUGAGUCUCAGACCUCUGCUCCUCAGGGACCAGCGCACCAGGACAGGGCCUAUGACUUUGUCGGGUGUCCCAUGAAGAAUGCAAAAGAAAUGUCUGACAUUGAUCCAACAAACAUGAUGCCACCACCAAACCAACAGCCAGCUGCUGACCAGCCUUUCCCUUUACCAGUCAACAGAGAGGAGUCCAAAAUUCCUAGACACGGGACAGAUAAAAACUGGGUGUAUCCCUCUGAGCAAAUGUUCUGGAAUGCCAUGCUAAGAAAAGGGUGGCGUUGGAAGGAAGAGACACUUUCCUCAGAUGACAUGAAAAACAUCAUUAAAAUCCACAACCGCAACAAUGACCAGGCCUGGGAAGAGAUCCUAAAGUGGGAGGCACUACAUGCGAGUGAAUGUCCAUGUGGUCCUUCUUUGAAACGGUUUGGUGGUAAAGCAAAGGAGUUCUCACCCAGGGCCCGGAUACGCCAUUGGAUGGGAUAUGAACUACCCUUUGACCGACAUGACUGGAUUGUGGAUCGUUGUGGAAAAGAGGUCCGGUAUGUGAUUGACUAUUAUGAAGGUGACCUCGACAAAAGCACAUACCAGUUCUCUAUCUUGGAUGUACGUCCUGCUUUUGACUCUCUUGGUGCAGUGUGGGACAGAGUAAAGGUGGCCUGGUGGCGAUGGUCAUCUUGAACUCCUGAAAAGCUCACAUGGACUUUUCUACUAUGUUAAGAUGUGAAUAAAAACUAAAUGUGGAAAUAGACCUGCAUAUGUAAAUGUAUUCUAUACUGUACACUGAUAACAAUUUAAGAGAGAAACAUACUCAUAUACUGUAUAUGGGGAUGUGUUUGAGGUGUGACUGAGAUUUUAAUUUGGAUGAGUCUUUCUUAUGAGGCUCUUUUUAAAAAUAUUUUAAUAAGGAUAAAAUACAGUUGCAGGAACUUUUGCACCCAAAUGUCCAAUUAAAUAACCAAAACUGCUCAGUUAAUGAAACUGCAUUGAAAUUCAUUCGUUUAAAGAAAAUAUUAUUUUAGGGAUUAGGUUAAAUAAGACAGUAAGUGAGAAUAAUGUAAAGUUUAACUUGUAAAAUCUGUAAGAAGUGUUUUUGUUGUUGUUGUUUAAGCUGCUAUAUUCUCUGCCAGUACUUUCAGUAAUGUUUUUAGUUUGUGUUAUUUCUGGAUCAUCUUAUUUCAUUUUUUUAGAUGUUAAUUUUUACCAUAUGCGGUUUAAAUCAGAUUAAUUUGUGUGGAUAUUUUUGUCUUUCUGUCCAUGUAUGUUUUAAAGGCUACUAUAUUUAAUAAAAUUGUCCGUAUGUA